CUACAAGACCCACCAGGCAGCGCGGCUGACAGUACUGGCUGGUGCAAUCUCUUAUCUCCACAGGCGGUAGCGGGGAAAAGAGGGUCUUGGAGGGACGGGCUUGCAGUUGGGGGUGUCUCGGGUCUUUGGCCGGAUGGGAUUUCCCUGGACUUUGCUCCUCUGCAGAGAAUACAGAUUUCGACUGCGAGGACCUAAUCCUUGCAGUGCUGGGAGUCAUCCUCCUCAUUGGUUGAGAGCAUAACUGCUCUUUCUUGUAAAGACCCAACUCUGCCCUCUUUCCGUCAAGUUGUUUGGAAGCUUGGAGGAAAAAAAGAACCUUGCCAAGCAUGCACUUGUACCCGGGCAACGUUGAUUUUAUUUUAUUUUAAAAUUUUGCUCGUGAGGUCUUGUUGCAUCUCUGCUGCGAAAUAAUAGCGGUUGUGUUGGGGGUUUUUUGGUUGUUGUUUUAGAGGUGGGUGUGAUUGCUUCCCCCACCACCUCUGGAAUUUGCACCCUCCAAGGGGGAGCAUGCAUCGCCUCUCGGGACUCGCGAAAGAAGCCGCUCGCCCGAGCAGCAAGAAUGAAAGGACAGAGGCGGCCGUGCGCUUCGUCUCUUCGCUAGUGGCCGGCAACAAGCAUCCAAGAUCGGCCGCCCAGCCCCGCCGGCCGCCGGGGAAAGACGGUCCGUUGGCGCGCUGGAACAGCGCUGCCAAGGCCUCUGCGAUACCGAUCAAGGAGAAGCAGACCCGGGAAAAGAUCCUCACGCUCGAAUCCAUGAACCCCCAGGUCAAAGCGGUGGAGUACGCCGUGCGGGGGCCCAUCGUCUUGAAAGCGGGCGAGAUCGAGAACGAGCUGCGGAAGGGGAUCAAAAAGCCUUUCACGGAGGUCAUCAAGGCCAACAUUGGGGACGCACAUGCCAUGGGUCAACAGCCCAUCACCUUCCUUCGUCAGGUAGUUGCCCUUUGUACGUACCCAAACCUGUUGGACAGCCCAAGCUUCCCAGAGGACUCUAAGAAGAGAGCGAGACGGAUCUUGCAGGGUUGCGGAGGGAACAGCUUAGGUUCCUACAGUGCCAGCCAAGGGGUGAACUGUAUCCGUGAAGAUGUUGCAGCCUACAUUGAGCGACGGGAUGGAGGCGUUCCUGCAGAUCCAGAGAACAUAUACCUGACGACGGGAGCUAGCGACGGUAUCGCUACUAUUCUAAAGAUCCUUGUCUCAGGGGGUGGAAGAUCCCGAACUGGAGUGAUGAUCCCAAUCCCCCAGUAUCCCUUGUAUUCAGCCGCUAUAUCGGAAUUGGAUGCCAUUCAGAUCAACUAUUACCUUGACGAAGAGAACUGUUGGGCGCUAGACGUCAAUGAACUACGCCGCUCCUUGAAUGAAGCCAAAACAUACUGCAAUCCCAAGGUCCUCUGCAUCAUCAAUCCUGGAAAUCCCACAGGUCAGGUUCAAAACAGAAAAUGCAUUGAAGAUGUGAUCCACUUUGCUUGGGAAGAGAAGUUGUUCCUUCUAGCUGAUGAGGUUUAUCAAGAUAAUGUCUACUCGGAGAGCUGUCAGUUUCACUCCUUCAAAAAGAUCCUUUAUGAGAUGGGACCAGAUUACUGUAACAAUGUGGAGCUUGCUUCUUUCCAUUCUACCUCUAAAGGAUACAUGGGCGAGUGUGGCUACAGAGGCGGCUACAUGGAGGUGAUUAACUUGCACCCAGAUAUUAAAGGGCAACUUGUGAAGCUUCUGUCAGUCCGUCUGUGUCCACCGGUCUCAGGUCAAGCAGCCAUGGAUAUUGUCGUGAAUCCUCCUGUACCUGGGGAGGAAUCAUAUGCACAGUUCAUCAAGGAAAAAGAGUUUGUCUUGAACAACCUCGCCAAGAAAGCCAAACUGACAGAAGACAUGUUCAAUCAAGUACCGGGGAUCCACUGCAACCCUCUUCAGGGGGCCAUGUAUGCUUUCCCACGAAUCUUCAUCCCUUCCAAGGCCAUUGAGGCAGCAAAGGCUCAUAAAAUGGCUCCCGACAUGUUCUACUGUAUGAAACUUCUGGAGGAAACAGGGAUCUGUGUUGUUCCUGGAAGUGGCUUUGGCCAAAGAGAAGGCACUUACCACUUUAGGAUGACCAUUCUCCCUCCGGUAGAGAAGCUAAAGAUCUUGCUGGAGAAAGUGAAAGACUUCCACAUAAAGUUUCUCAAAGAGUAUUCUUAAGCGAAAUUAAGACUCUCUUCCGCUCUCACUCUCUCUUUCCAGAGUAAAUCUGGGAAAUCCAAACAAAGCUGUGAGGGGGAAAUGUUCUGUGUCGUCUUUUAAUCAAACAAAUCCACACUAGAACGGCUAGAGCCAAGCUAUGAAAUUUGCGUACCUCCAGCCUGAGUGUGCACUGUGCUUUAAUUUCAUGGGAAGAAAUGGAAAUAAUGGCAAGAAUUGGGGGGGGGGGGAGAAGAGUGCAAUUGUGUGCCUUGACUCAAUUUUUAUUUCUUAGCUUGUGUGGCUGGCUGGCCUGAUGGGGGGAAAAAAGAGAGGGAAUUUCUCGGUGAGAAUUAUUGGAACUAUUACUAUUUCAAAACAGCAACCCUACAAAAUUUACCUUUGGUUUUAAAUAUGAAAGCAAACUUUAACUAAGCUGGCAACUGAGUGUCAAUAAACACCCUUCUAUAGAUU